GGAACAGUAAACAAACCUUUGAACUGAUGACAGUACCGGUUCGGAGUUUAUCUUUCUCCCUCCUCCACAUUAGAAGGAAAAAGAUAAGCUCUGAGCCAGUGCAGCUAGUUCAGCUAUAAAGAACAGAAUUGUUAUGUGCGAGAUUAGAAGAUACAUUUAACACGUGUCGCAUACCACGGUGCUGGGAACUUUGCAUGUUCCGGUAGAAAAGUAUAACUGAAAAAAAUUGUGAUUUUUUUCGAUACCGAACGGAGAAAAUCCGAAAGAGAUUCUCUUCGAAAUUGACUCGCGCGUGAAAGAUUGCGUAAUGAGAACUUUAUUACUUUUUGGCCUGUUCUGUAUGGUUGCCGACGUGGAGCUGCAACAAGUCGAUCUGAAGCAUUUGAAAUGUUUAGUUUGUAGGGCAACUAUGGACGAAUUGGAGAGCGAAGUGCUCAGGCAUAAUCCAGAGAAAUUGGUCACCGUAGGCAGUUUUAGGAUGGACGCAGAGGGUAAUACUGUACAUAAAAAGAUCCCGUUAGGUCGAUCGGAACUGCACCUUUCAGCCGUGCUGGAGACCAUCUGCAGCAACCUGGAGAAUUACGUGAGAGCGACGAGAAAAUCUGACAAACAGCUGGUGAUCUUUAACCUCAUGUCUCCGUCGGGUGGUAUGAAUCCUAUCAUGAGCGAAGUAGACGUUAUUCAGGACGGCGAUUUGAACAAGAGUCUUCAGCAUUACUGCCACGCUAUAGUGGAGGAAUUUGAGGACGAUAUACUGUCGUUGUUCAUCGACGGUGUAGAGAACAGGGAAAAGGAACUUUGCACAAAAAUCUCGCGUAUCUGCAGCGAUUACGAUGAAGACAACGAUGAUAGCGAUUAUGAUGUCGACACAGAUUUCAAUUUUGACAGGGACGAAUUGUAAAUGCAUUUGAAAGAAUUUUUACACAAAUAUUGUUUAUAUGUGUAAGCGAAGGGAGCGGAAAUUUAAUAUUCGCUUCAACAAGUGUUUCAUUGUAAAACUUUUUAUGAAUAAUAAAUGUUCCGUGACUUCUUACCGGUUGCA